CAUCGACAUUUUCUGGCAAGAUGCUCAAGUCUUGGAGCCACAAAAGAGGCAGAUCCCUUACAGAUAGAAAGAGAGAGUUCCUUAACAUUAAAUCUGGAAAAUAUCAUCCUCCUCUGCUGUUUGCACUCUGCUGCCUGAGUGCUCUUCACCUUUCCUCAGGUUUUCCUCAGUCGGCAGCACAAUAUAUGACUGAUAUGGACAUCCCAGAAAGUGAGAAAUUAGCGUUAUGCUUUAGCCAGUGGACAGCACUAUUAGAUCAACCACAGAUUUCGAAUUUUGUGAUGAACCUUUGUAACUCCAUUUACAAUAAAAUGAAGGUCAAUGAGGGGAACAAUCAAGAGGUUUAUAAAAGAUUUUUAUUUCACUACUCCAGGGCACAAGAUCCUGCUCUAAAAACUGGGGUGAGUACAAACUAG